AUGUGGACCUAUGUCAUCAUCCUUCUCAGCGUUGUCAGCGCCUAUGCUGCUGCCCAGACUCCAACUCCAACAUCAACAUCAACUUUCACUAUUUCACGUCCAUCUCUCACGACACCAUCAUGCUGGGCGCUCAUUAACUCCCUGUUAAUAACGGGCGUCCUUGGACCUCCCAUCGACAUGUCUGAGCUAGCCGAGGAAUUCUCGGAAUGGGCUUCUGAAUGGACGAGCUGGCAGGUAGAGCAUGUCUCCGAAUACCGCAUAGUAUGGGAGGCGUGUAGUGAUGACCCUGCCAUCACUGAUCUUGUGCCAGUUGGACCGGAUGCAUGCAGCACUCUGAAAGCCAAGAUUACUGCGACUUUUGCUGUAAAUGAGGAUAAAGACGAAAACAGAGAGAAAGGAGAAGAGGGGAAAGAUGAUAAGCCGGAAGCUGUGGAUGAUUCUGCAGGUUCUCGUGUGAAAGGUCCUGUAAUAGUUGCUUUGAUGGCUGGGGUUGUACUGAUUGUAGGACUAUGGUGA